UGGCCUAUGUCGCUGCCGGAGCCAGUGAGGAGACGUCUGAGCUCCUUUAGCCGAACCGUCUUCAUUGACAACAACCGCACCGGGCCCGAGAAUAGAGGCGACGACAAUAUUGCGGAUAAUGAAAUCAUCUCCGGUUUGCCCUUGCAGAUGUCCCUCUAUUUUAACCUUUGGUUUUUCCCAUUUUGGUGGGUGAGCAGUGUAGCCAUGCUGCAGCUGAAGUAUCCAGUCUUACCAGACUAUUACAAGUUCAUCCUUGUGACUAUCAUUAUAUUAACGUCUCUGAUAGAGAUCAUCCGCCUGUACCUGGGAUACAUGGGAAAUUUGCAGGAGAAGGUUCCUGAACUAGCUGGAUUUUGGCUUCUGAGUCUCCUUUUACAACUUCCCUUAAUUCUCUUCAUGCUUUUAAAUGAAGGUCUGAAGAUCCAACCAUUGGAACGAGCAGUGAAUGUCAUCUUUGUAGCCUUCCUUGUUUUCCAGGUUAUCACAGCAUUCCUUGACCUCAAAAAAAUGGUGAACCAACUGGCAACUCGCUUCCGCCUUCAUGAGUUUGACCGGCUAGAUGAUAACUUUCCUUCUGAUAACCUAGCCAGGAAGAAAAGGAAGGUAGAAGCUUCAUGGGUUGUAGGACCACCUGUGGAAGAAAUUCGUUCAGCAAGUGGUGGCUGGGGCUCUGCAAUGAGAGCUUGAUGGUCUACGGAAUGGUUAUCUGCUGAUGCUUCUUGGUUCCUGUUGCCUUAAUUAUUUCUGAGAGUCUGACUUAGGAAUUCACCUUGUUACAGAUUACAAAGAGCUAUUCUUCUAAAACCAGGAACUAGUGAAAUGAGCGUUACUGACAGUGUCUUCUCCGUGGGCUGAUUAUAAUGUGAUGAAAAAUAUUAACGUAUGAAAGAAUAUGACAUUAAGAUGCCAGGGCGGGGGCGGGGGGGAGCUUGUAUUUUGCAAGCAUGUUUCAUGAGGGGAAGAUUAGUUUUUUUGCCCACUCUUGCUUAUGUCAUCUGUCUUGUGUAAUCCAUGUGGGUCUUGCCUUCACCUCUCAUCUUUAAACCUGUUUCUUCGUGGGCAUUCUUCAAUGGAGGAAAAAUGUUAUAGUUGAAUCAGCAUUCACAGCUGGAGUAGGAUUGAGGAUUAAAGAAAACAGUUUGCUAAAUUUUUAAAUGGGUGUGCAGGGGGCUAUAUUGUUAAUAUGUCAAUAACUGUUU